CAGCUCCUUGGCAGAGGCGCCCAUAGCUCAGCGAGAGACCUCCAGUCGGAAUCAGGAUCGCCCGCCGGCAGCAAUGGCCACCAGCCCCUCUCCGCUGCCCCUAUUGCCCAACCUGAGCUGCGUCAUGUGCCACGACGUGCCCCGGGAGCCCGUCACCAUGUCCUGCGGCCACUGCCUGUGCAGGGGAUGCUUGGAGCGGUCCUGGAGGGGGCAGGAGUCCUACCCGUCGUGCCCCAAAUGUCGCCCCCCUCAGGUGCAGUCCCCGGACGGCGGGCAGAGGGGCCUGUGCGGCGAACACGGGGAAAAGGUUCAGUUUUUCUCCACCCAGAACAGCAGGCUGAUGUGCCCGCGCUGCAGGGGGUCCGCCGCGGAGCCGCUACCCGGGCAUACGCUGAUCCCCAUCCAGGAGGCCGUGGGAGGAUACAAGGAGGAGCUGAUCUCGGCCAUCGCCCCCCUGGAGUCCCGCCUGAAGGAGCUGCAGCAGAUGCAGUGCGCCCAGGAGCAGAUGAUCGCCCAGCACCGGGGGAACCUCCUGAGCACCAAGCACCAUGUCAGCAUGGAGUUUGAGAAGCUGCACCAGUUCCUGCGGGAGAGGGAGGAGAGGCUGCUCAGGGACCUGCAGCAAGAGGGAGACCUUAUCCUGUCCGAGAUGGAGGAAAGUCUCAGCAAGAUCAAACAGAACUGCCAGGGGAUCCUGCAGACCAUCAGCAGCACCCAACCCCGGCUGUACGAGCAGGACGCCGUCUCCUUCCUGACUGAUAUAAAGUCUUGCAUGGAUAUAUGUUACGGAGGUUACAGAGACGGGUUUCCAGCGCACAACGUGGUCACUCCUCGGGAUUUUGGCUACGGCGCGGUGAAGGAUCUGAUCCAGUACACGGCCUGGAAGGAUAUGAAGUCCUACAUCACUCCCGCAUUACCGAAUAUAAUUAUGGAUCCCGCCUCAGCUCAUCUCAACCUAAUCCUUUCCGAAGACCUGACCAGCGUGCGAUACAGCGAUAACAAGCAGUCCAUGCCGGAAAACUCGCGCCGAUUCGACUACUGCUGCUGCGUCCUGGGCACCGAAGGCUUCUCCACCGGCCGCCAUUACUGGGUGAUCGACGUUGGCAACAAGACCAAGUGGAACCUUGGCGUCGCCAAGGAGUCUGUGAACCGGCGGGGUGGGAUCACUCUGUCCCCUGAGAACGGCUUCUGGAUCCUGUGGCUGAGGAACGGGCACGAAUUCAAAGCCUUGGACGUCCCCUACAGGGCUCUCACCCUAAGAAACAAACCUCAACGCGUCGGGAUUUACCUAGACUACGAGGGUGGCGUGCUCUCCUUCUACAAUGCCGAUGACAUGACUCACAUCUACACCUUUGUUACCUCCUUCUCCGAGAACAUCUACCCGUAUUUCUGCCCGUGCCUCAACGAUUCCGGGAAGAACGGAGGCCCACUGAAAGUCCUCCACCACAUACCAUGACGCGGUACCAAGGCCAGAACCAAGGGACCAAUCUCGUCAUCCAUUCCAUUGCUGUUCAGUGUCCUUCAAAAAUAAUCUUCUAUAGGAACAGUUUCCCGAUCUCCAAGUAUUCUCGCUCACUCGCCCUCUUCCUCCCCAGGCACAUAUUGAUCUACUAUCGGUGUGUUCAUGUCAAGGACAAUUCCUCCAUUAACCUCUGUUUUCCUGACUCCGCCUCUAUAUACUGCACUGUACAAUUCCAGCUUUUUGGAACGCUGCUCCGACCUUUUCUCUAAUGGUUUGUUGCAAUGUCCUUCCUACGUUUCUGAUGAGUCACAAGCUCCUCCUCCCUUUUCUGAUGUGCCACAAGCUCCUCCCACCUUUUUCC